CCUCACUCGCCGCGCCCCUCCGGCGAUCUCCUUCAUCGCUAGUACCCCCCUCUACCGACCAUAUUCCUCCCACUCCUCUCCCAAAUCCCACGCUCGCCCUCCAUCCUCCGCGCAGCCCACCUCCUCAACAGUCCCCUCCACCUCAUCAAUCGCAUCCCACCCCCUCCCAGACGAUGUCAACCCGCCUCCCUCAACCCGCCCCGCAGACCUCACCCUCCCCUCCCCCCUCGAUCCCUCCGCCCCAGCAGCCGACAAAGCCAAACGCCUCAUCACCCUCGGCCGCGCAUACCUGUCCUUCUACAAAACAGGCCUCAAAAACGUCUACCACAACUACCGCGCCUCCAUCCCCAUCCGCCAAUCCCUCAACCUCCCCCCCUACCUCCCCACCUCUCCCUCCGCCCUCUCUCUCUCAAAAUCCACCAAAUACCCCCCCAGCCGCGCAAACUUCCAACUCGUCCACCGCGCCGCCUACGACGUCCGCCGCAUGAUCCCCUUCUCCAUAAUGCUCAUCAUCUGCGGCGAAAUGACCCCGCUCGUCGUCCUCGCCCUCGGCAACGCAGUCACCCCCUUCACAUGUCGUAUCCCGACCCAGAUCGCGAAAUCCCGCCGUCUCCGCGCCGUCCGCAAAUCAGCCGCCUUGCGCGCCCACCGCGCCGCCACCACCGGCUCCGUCUCAACCCUCCCCCCGGGCUCAGACCCCGAGCUACACAUCCUCCAAGCGGAAUUCACCAAUCUCGCCUGGAUCGCGUCCGCUUCGGCCUCUGAGAUCCUCCGCGCGUGUGCCGCCCUCGGCCUCGCGAGAUCGCAUACGCUCCCUGAGCCGAUCGUUUCCCUCCUGCGCUACCGCGCGCGUCUGUCCAGCCAUGCGGAGUACAUCGCGCGCGAUGAUGCCUUGAUCCGUGAGGGAGGCGGCGUGGCUGCUCUUGAGGCCGCGGAGGUGUCUAUCGCUGUUGACGAGCGCGGUGGUGUGGAUGUUGCUGGGGAUUUGUCGGGUUGGGAGGCGGAGCGUGCUGAACGGAGGUGGUUGCAGAAGUGGUUGCGUCAGGAAUAGAUUUUUUUUUUUCUUUUUUUCUUCUCGUUUUUUUAUUAAAAGGGGGUGGAGGUUGAUGUGCUGUACUAUAAUGGACUGCAGUUGUGGGUAUUAUAAAU